AUGCGUAAGGCAAGUGGCUGUGAUGUGAAUGUGUAUUUAUAUCAAAGGGAAAAUAGACAUCUUCUCUGCCAUUUCCAUCGAUUUCGCCAUAACAAGCUCUUUUGCUUUCUCACCCAUUCUUCACCCUUGGCCCAUCUCUCAUCUCUCUCUCCCUCUCUCUCUCUCGCGCUUGCUCACUCUCAGGUCUCAAGGAACAAAGGUAAAAGAACACAAAACCAGAAAAUGGUGAAGAUAUGCUGCUUAGGAGCAGGCUAUGUUGGUGGUCCAACCAUGGCGGUGAUGGCUCUCAAAUGCCCUGAGAUUGAAGUAGCCGUCGUCGACAUCUCCGAGCCAAGGAUCAACGCCUGGAACAGUGACAAGCUUCCCAUCUACGAGCCGGGCUUGGACGAUGUGGUGAAGCAAUGCAGAGGGAGAAACCUCUUCUUCAGCACGGAUGUGGAGAAACACGUCUUUGAGAGUGACAUUGUAUUCGUCUCAGUCAACACUCCAACCAAAACACAAGGUCUCGGCGCCGGCAAAGCCGCUGAUCUCACUUACUGGGAGAGUGCUGCUCGUAUGAUCGCUGACGUCUCCAAAUCCAGCAAGAUCGUCGUUGAGAAAUCCACUGUUCCCGUGAGAACAGCAGAGGCUAUUGAGAAGAUACUGACUCAUAACAGCAAAGGGAUAGAGUUUCAGAUCCUCUCAAACCCUGAGUUUCUUGCUGAAGGCACUGCAAUUAAAGACCUUUAUAACCCAGACCGUGUGCUGAUUGGUGGUAGAGACACUCCAGCUGGUCAAAAGGCCAUUGAAGCGUUAAGAGAUGUUUACGCUCAUUGGGUUCCAGUGGAACAGAUCAUCUGCACUAACCUCUGGUCCGCUGAGCUCUCUAAGCUUGCAGCAAACGCAUUCUUGGCUCAGAGGAUAUCAUCUGUCAAUGCCAUGUCAGCUCUGUGCGAGGCAACAGGCGCUGAUGUCACGCAAGUUGCUCAUGCCGUGGGUACGGAUACUAGAAUCGGUCCUAAGUUCUUGAACGCAAGUGUUGGCUUUGGUGGAUCAUGUUUCCAAAAGGAUAUCCUGAAUCUUAUCUAUAUAUGUGAGUGCAACGGCUUGCCUGAGGUAGCUAAUUACUGGAAGCAAGUCGUGAAGGUGAACGACUAUCAGAAAAUCCGGUUUGCGAACCGGGUGGUUUCUUCGAUGUUCAACACGGUCUCGGGAAAGAAAAUUGCCAUCCUCGGUUUCGCCUUCAAGAAGGACACAGGUGACACUAGAGAGACUCCUGCAAUUGAUGUUUGCAACAGAUUAGUCGCUGACAAGGCCAAGCUGAGCAUAUACGACCCACAAGUCUCUGAAGAACAGAUGAGGAAAGAUCUUUCCAUGGCUAGGUUUGACUGGGACCAUAAGGUUCCUCUUCCGCAGUAUAAAGCUGAAGGCGUCUCAGAGCAAGUGAGUGUCGUCUCAGAUGCUUACGAGGCGAGUAAAGAUGCGCACGGCCUUUGUGUGUUAACCGAGUGGGACGAGUUUAAGUCGUUGGACUUCAAGAGAAUCUUUGACGGUAUGCAGAAGCCUGCUUUUGUGUUUGAUGGUAGGAACAUUUUGGAUGCAGAGAAGCUGCGUGAGAUUGGGUUUAUUGUCUACUCCAUUGGUAAACCUCUGGAUUCAUGGCUCAAGGACAUGCCUUCUGUGGCCUGA